UGGUAGAGGUGCAAGCGAAUAUAUGCACGCAGUACUAGGCGAAUACCUGCUAGUACCGGUACGACCGGAGAUCCUUCGUUUCGCGGAAAAAAUUCCUUGCUUUGUUUUUGUGCGUUCGAAUCGAUCGCGUCGUCCUUGGAGGAAUAAACGCCAUUAAACGCGCGUUGCUGAAUAGCCUGUUCGAUGUCCUGCCAAACGAACGUCCUGCCAGACCUGGACCUGGAGGAGCCCCCGCAGGAGGUCCUGGACUGGGCCAGGGAGCACCUCGACGAAAACCCGGAGACCAGGGACCAAGUCCUGCAGGAUUUCCGCGACUUGAUUUACGAAAGAGGCGAGUGCGUUCCGCACCGAAUGGACGAUGCGUUCCUGCUGCGCUUCCUCAGGGCGAGAUUUUUUGUUGUAGAGAGAGCUCACAGACUGUUAGUGAAUUACUACGAAUUCAAAGAGAACAAUCCGGAAUUCUACACGGGCGUUAAUUUGAAGAAUUUACUGCGAAUGGGCGACGACGCCAUCAUCACGGUACCGCCCUACAGGGAGCAAACCGGCAGGAGAAUUUUAUUAUACAGAAUCGGGAAUUGGGACCCGGAGAAGUUCGGUACGACGGAGCUGUUCCAGGCGACGAUGAUAGUACUGGAACUGGCCAUACUGGAACAAAGGGCCCAAAUUAUGGGCGGCAUUUGCAUGUUCGAUUUGGGCGGUUUGUCGUUGCAACAGGCGUGGUACAUGACGCCCACGAUCGCCCACAAAAUCGUGCAAAUCAUGGUGACUUCUUUCCCGAUGAAAAUACACGCUUUGCACAUCGUAAACCAAUCGAGGAUAUUCGAUAUAGUUUACAACAUUUUCAAACCCUUUUUGGACGAGAGAAUGAAGGAGAGAAUCUUCUUCCACGGGGAAGACAGGGACAGCCUGCACCGACACAUCGACCCCAAACACCUACCCGAACGUUAUGGGGGAAUCCAUCCGGAUUACAAUUACAACGAUUGGAUAGUGAAUUUCGAGAAGAACGAGAAUAUCGUGGAGGAAUUGACAUCGUUGGGUUACAGCGAUUACAGAAUCGAAAACGAAAACGAAGAGAAUAUCAAAAAUGCCGAAAAAUGAGCGCGAAAAUCAAAUUUUUUAGAGCUUCUACGCGUUGUUAAUUAAACAAUUAAAUUUUUCUACGUUUA